AUGUCUGGACUACCGGCGUCUGCAAAGGACGCUGAGGGACACUCGAAACGGGGCCCUGGCGACAUUUUGCACAUCAAGAGUGUUUCGGAGACGGGGGACGACGAUGACGUGGACAAGGACGUUCAAGGGCCGUGUGAUAGGUUGUCUUUCGAUGUCGGGGUUUGCGAGAACCGCAACUCGCGGUAUAGGCCCACCAUGGAGGAUGUGCACACGUAUGUGGCGAACUUCGCCGAGCGAUUGGACUGGGGGUAUUUCGCGGUGUUUGAUGGCCACGCCGGGAAACAUGCCGCGCGCUGGUGCGGGUCGAACCUGCACAACAUCUUGGUGGACAAAAUAAUGGACAAUGACAACUUGGAUUUACGCGAAAACCUAAACAACAGCUUUAUGGAGGCCGACGCCAAGAUCGGCCAGGAGUUGCAGGGAACGAGCGGGUGCACUGCUGCGGUUGCUGUGCUCCGGUGGGAGGAGGAGAUCGACGACACGCCGGCCGAAGAAGAGGUUGAUCCUCAAACCACGCCGUUCGAUUUCGUCCCCACACACAAGCACCGGCGGGUGCUGUACACGGCGAACGUGGGGGACUCGCGGCUUGUUUUGUGCCGUGGCGGCCAAGCUGUGCGGUUGUCGUACGACCACAAAUCGACCGACAGGCUGGAACAGCAACGGAUCAUCGACAGCGGCGGGAUCAUGCUGAAAAACCGUGUGAACGGAGUCCUGGCAGUCACCCGGUCGUUGGGCGACGUCUACAUGAAGAGCCUGGUCAUCGGCGCGCCAUACACCACCUGCACGGAGCUGAGUGAACAAGACGAGUUUCUAAUUUUGGCCUGCGACGGGCUCUGGGACGUGUGUUCCGACCAGGAGGCGGUGGACCUCGUCAAGUCCGAAACAGACCCUUACAAGGCCAGCGAGAUGCUGUGCAAAUUGGCUAUUAAUCAGAUGAGCACCGAUAACGUGACUGCCAUGGUUGUCCGUUUUGACACCAGGGUCUUUGGCUAUAGUGAGCCGCUGAGCCGCUGA